AUGUCUUUUUUAAGGCAUAUUAGUCGACGGUAUUGCCUUGUUUGUUAUCUAUCUACAAGUCUCCCCAUAUUUAUAUUGUUUCUUAUCAGUACCUUUGUAGUAUAUGCAGGACAUACUGAUAAAAUUUAUCCGAAUACCUUUGUAUCGCUUCAACUUUGCUUGAAUGGUUUUGACAUUGUUGUAGCUAGAGGAUACGUCUCAGGUCUCUGUGAUGAGCGGACCUUACCUAUUUCGAACAAGUCUGAUUUUCAGAAUAUCGCUUGUUUUUCUUGGUAUUGCAAUCACCGGUAUCGGAAGAAUAGUAGUAUAAUGGAAUUUGGUGAUGCCUUGCACUGA